AUGGACUUCAAAUCUUUAAUGUCUGCCCAGAUCGCCAAAUCCAAACCUCCGGCAAAAACCACAGCCACGGCCAGCACGGCCACAAAACCAAACAAAUACGUCCGGCGGGCGGACCUCGAAGCGGCGCGAGAAGCCGAAUAUGCAGCCGAGCAAGCUCGCCUGUCCGCAGAGCGGGAGGAGCGGGCGGCGAAGAAACGCAAGCUAGAGGACGAAGAGGCGGAGCGCAAUGCGGCACGAGAGGAGAAGAAGCAGCGGCUCGCGGAGGAGUCACGGCGACGGCGGGAGGAGGAGGAGCUCGAGGAAGAGAAGAAGCGACGGAAGCGGUUGGGUCUACCUGAAGUGCCGCAUGUGCCUGGCUCUAUUGCGAAUGGGGGUGAUGGGUCGUCGCUGUCCUCGACUAGGCCGGGCCACCAAGGCGAAGACAUCGCGGACGAUGGACUACGUACCCGACUACGAGAGCUCGGAGAGCCAGCGUCUCUCUUCGACGAGACGCACAGCGCGCGGCUGAAGCGCUACCGUUCCCUGACGGCGAAGACACUGGCGCCGAAACUAAGCGACGGACCGAUCCCAACAACCCUCGCGCCCGUCCCGGAGAAAGACAUGCUGAUCCCGGCACCACCACUGCCCACCAAGGAAACGAACUCGGAAGGGCACACAUUCCUCUACCGCCAGCUAGCAUCCUACUUCACGCUCCUCCUGACAGAGUGGGGAGCCGCGCUGUCCCAACGCGCGUCCGAUGUAAAAGCCUCCUCGAGCGGCAAAGCCGCACACAAUGCAUAUCUCAUGGUGCUGGCGGACCUGACGCCACUUUUCCGGCACUUUGAGCGAGAGACGCUGAGCGCGGAUCUGCUGGAGCCGAUCUGCGCGAUCGUGCGGUCGGCGCAGCAUCGGCGGUACGUAGAGGCGAAUGAUGGCUACUUGACGCUGUCGAUUGGCAAGGCCGCCUGGCCCAUCGGUGUUACUAUGGUGGGUAUCCAUGAGCGGUCUGCACGGGAGAAACUGCACGAGAGCAGUAGUGGGAAACAGGCGCAUAUCAUGACGGACGAGGUCACGCGCAAGUUUCUGCAGAGUAUCAAGCGGUGUAUCAGCUUUGCGCAGACCCGUUGGCCGCCGGAUGAUUUGGGCCAGUUGAUGGGGUGA